CUUCAACACAAAUCCUGGCCUUCUAGAUCGCGUGCUCGUCUUGUCAGCCUACCUUGACCUGAACUGCACUGAAGAAAAAGAGGACGACCCCAGGAAAAGCGGCACCGAGCAAGAGCAACCGAGCAAAGCUCUCCCUACAUAACCGACGCGGCCAGAGCAUCCUUGUCCUGGAAGCGAGGGCACCGACCGAUCAUCAGGACCAGAGCCACACGUACGACGGACACCAGCGCGAGCCACCGCACGAUGGAGGCGCUCGCUCCCCCCGGUGGCAAGCCGGCGCGGGCGCGGCGGGUCGCCAGGAACCGGGAGGAGAUGCUGGGCCUCCUCGCCGACUUCGACGGCGGCGACGACUCCAACCGCGAGCUCUCCUUCUCCGACCUCGUCGACCCCGGCCACGCCUCGCCGUCGCCGCCGCCGGCGCCGGCGCUGGCGCAUAAGGGGAGGGAGGAGGCGGCCGAGCAGAGGCGGGAGGAGGCCCCGGCGACGAAGCGGCAGCAAGCGGCGGCGGUGGCGGGGAAGGAGAGGAGGCUGCAUAGACGGCGGAGCGACAACAGGGGCAGCUGCGGGGGAGGCGCGGACGGCAACGGCGUGCUCCUCAACUUCUACGUGCCGUGUCUCCUCACCAGGAGCAUGACGGCGCCGCGGCCUGGCCGGGGGGUGAUGCCGGCCGCGGGGGCACGGCCGAGCGCGCCGCCGAUGGUCGCUGCCGGCAAAACCAGGAUGCAGGCGUCUCUGGACAUCGGGUGCUGGCCGGCGCUGUGGGGCAGAGGCCGCGACCACCACCACCGUAGCAAGCCAGCCUGAUGAGAGUCCUUUCUUCUUCCAAGCACAUACAGCCGAGCAGACGUAGUACAGUGCCACUCGUAGUCUGAGCCUUUUCGUGCAGCUAAUCUGAGCCUUCUUUUUUUUCUGCUCACGCCUGUAAAUUAUCUCGUGUUGUCGUGAACGUGGUUUGUGUUUGCGCCUUGUUUAAGGCUUUAAACUGCGUCGGUGCGGUUGUGUGAUCUCUCUCGAAAGGCGACCACGGACAGACAUGUCAACUGUAGGCUUUACCCGAUGGUGUUGAGAGCACGCUAUGUACUUUCCAA